AUGGCUCCGUUCUGGGAAGACGUCGACAAUAACAAUGCUGAUAGUGCGACUGUGAAGAACGCAGCCAGGAGGAUUUUAUCGGUGGAUAUCAAUGCCGACGACGUUGACCCAAGAGCACUGAAGGACUUUCAAGCGAAGGUAGUCGCACGAGUGCGCGAUGAUCCAUUGUACUGUAACACGCCGGCGUGUUUGUCGAAUGAUGGAAAGCCGAUGGCAACAUGGGCUCGACAUCUUCAUGACGUUUUCUAUCUCUACGGAUUGUCUCUCAAUCAAUCACUUACACUGGAUCCUGUCGGAGGACAGUCUAACGCCUCCACACUAACCCAGUCAAUGCAGCGGAGCUUUUUAGGUGUGUAG